GUACAUCGCGCGCUGGUGAAGUCCACUCUCGAAAGAGAAAAAUAAUUUUAAUCUGCUGUUCCUUCUCGUUUUUUUUUCUACUCCUUCUUUAACCUCUCCCUCCCCUUUGUACGUGUAUGUGUUUGUUUGGGGGGCUAGGGGGUGGGCAGAGGUUGCGCAUGGGCCGGGGGGACAGACCCAGUGCAGUGGGUUCAUCUUCGCGCUUGACCAGUUGCAUCAUGGAAACGAAUCGAAGAAGAUACACCGAAGGAUCCACUCCUGUGUAAUACGAGUAUUUUACUCAUUUCUGUCAUCAGUGCAACAACUGAUUUUUACGAGGAAAGUGCAACCCAUCGGGAUCGAGGCUAUACUAUCGAUCAGUGCACGUAUCGAUCGAAUCAAUCGGAGGAUUUUAUUAUUUUAGGGUGAUUGAGAGGUUCAAGGGAAUUUCAGAGGGAUUUCACGGGGAGCUGGUGGGAUUUUGGGGGAGAGAUUUGCCGAUGCAAACUUCAAAGAAGCUUGUGCUAGUCUACCUGGCGGUAAUGUCGGCGUUGGCUAUGGGUUCGGAGGCCCCUCGGGCCCUGCGCGACCUGCGAGACCCCACGAAUUACGGCCCAGUGCGGCUUUUGACAAUCCUGACGAACGAAUUGACAGCAGAACCCAGUAAAAAACCCCCGCGACUAAUGGGGGGUCACCUAGAGGGUACCCCUCCACCUCGAGAGGAAGACGAGGCGCAAUGGGACGACGGAUUGACAUUGUCCUCCGCGGGCAACGGAAAGGAGAAUAAAAAGCCCCAUGUGGACGACGACGAGAAGAAAACCCUCGCCCAACAGGUCAAGGAGGGAAAAUACGGUCUUAUCCAGAACGAGAUAAAUCCAACGAGAUCAAAGCGGCCAGGUGUCAUCAGCUACCUGUCGAACCCCGAGGUGCCAAAAGAUACAGCGAAGAAUCUCGGAGGCCUCGACGAGGAAGAGAUAUGGCUGGCGGAGAAUCAUGUGCUAGUUCUCCGAGGCGGUAAUUUUCCCGAUCAAGCGACAGAAGGGCCAUCGGGGGAUCUCCGUGGAUGGUCACCGAUCGAUGACUUCCAAGCGCCGAAGAGGCAAGUUAAAAUUCCGUCAUCGCCGAAAGUUCCCCCGCCCUUUCCCAUCCAACUGACUGAGGGUGGACCGGUGACAGUUAUCGGUGGAAAUGACACGGAAAAGCCCCAGUGGUUCGACGGUCUAAUCCCAGCAAACGAGACAUUCCUCACUUCAUCCUGGAACACCACCGAGGACAAUCAACCCGACAGAAAAACAAAUUCCGGUCCCUCCCUCGGAGGAAUCGUCGGCCCUUUCUUUCCUGCUCUUCCCCCAGGUGCUGUAUUCCUGCCGCCACCAGGAAAUCAGUCAGACUACGACGAGGACGAUCAAUCCAUCUACUAUCCUCCACCUUACAGCUUCAAGUACACCCCGGACAACUCCACCGCUGUUCCCCCAGGUCCUCUCGUCCCCGGUAUCAUUCUCCCACCGCCACCCGAUUUCUUCUCACAACUUGACGAUAACAAGGCAACGAAAUCCCCCAUCAUGAAGUAUCUAAAACGCCCCAGCACCGCAGCGAAGCCACAGCCCCACUUCCACCGUAAAUCAAACCCGAAGCCUCAUAAAUUCACAGCGAGCUCCAUCCCAUCAUCAACUAAGGAGCCAAGACCAUUUACAAUGAAACCCCUGAACAAGUUGAAGCUGAAGAAUACGACGACCGUGGAAACGGCAUCGAAAAAAGUUCUGCCAUUAGCUGAGGUGACAACAUCACCGAACCGAUUGAACACAGUAGAGAUCUCGGAGGUGAAUACAGUUAGACCAAUCGUAACGAAUCAGGUGAUCGAGAGUAGCACCGAGGAACAGACGGAGAGGCCUCGUUGGACGGGUACGAGCCUGAAAUCACCACCAAUAGUGGCAUACUACGCAUCAUCACCAUCGCCAAUCGACGAGCCUGUAGAUAUCACAGCGAAAACAACGAAACCACGAAAAAUUCUGCAAUCUGUUCCAAGCUCAGCCUCUUAUUACUUUUACGAGGAGGCCAGCGACGAUGUGUCGGGCACGACCCCAACACCGGUUUACUUCCAGGAGACGUCUCCCUCGGUAGAGGGUUACAGCCCUGAAAGCCAGACGAAGAAGCCUUACUUCAUCGACGUCGUACCCUCGCAAUCACCCGAUGAGUACAACGUAGAAGUGAUUGAGCCAGUGAUAAAGACAUCGGCACCCGAGUAUCAGUAUACAGUGGCUGUCCCCAGGGCCCAGCCCCCGAGAAUGCUCUCUGAUGAUCCGAUCAUCUACAAAACCGUGACAGACAACUCACACGUGAAUCUCCACUCGUUCUUCACGACUCCAACACCAGAGAGACUCCAUCCCCAACCAAAAUCUAAACCAGUGUAUCAGUACAGCUUCGAAGCAGCUGAUUACGCACAACGAGGCCGACAGAAGAAGAUUUACAAACCGAUUCAGGAGAUCCACUCUCAGAAGGAGGUGUUUAACGAGUGGCAGGAUGAGAUACAGAACAGUCAGCAGUACAACGAUUACGAUGGAGAGGUCAUUCCCGAGCAGAGAUUGCAACCAGAACGAUCUCAUUACAGAACUAGAGCGCCUAAUUACCCGACAACGAUUAGACCAAAUGUUGUGGAUACCACGGAAAAUCCACAACAUGCUUAUUACACGAAGCAGGAGGAGAGGCUGUUGGACGACGUCACCAGGGAAUAUUUCACUAAUUUUGGGAGGAAAAUUACCAAACAUAAGCUGGUGCCAACGACACCGAUCUAUGGAAAAGAGAGUGAAGCCGAAUUCCAGACGGAGGAACCCAAUUAUCCGACAAUUAAUUCCUUCUCUACGAAUUCAUUUGAUGAGAGACAGAAGAGUUACGAUACUCCCAGGGUGAAGGUUCACUACGGUGACCAGACCGAGAGGCCAUUUUCGUUGGAGGGGGAUACGAGGGUGAAUUAUCGGAGGCCCCUACCUACCCUCAAUCCUGAUGCUGAGUUUUUACCCGGAUAUGGCCCCACAGAGGAACGUGGAAGGGAGGGAAUCGAGAGGUUCAGAGAAUCAAAGCCCAUCAGAGAGUACAUUCCCGUUAAGGCGUACAGAGGACAGACUCGAGAACCCUCUGGACCCACUCAUUUCGUACCUCUCGAGGAAAAUAGAGAGAGACAGAGAAUUUUUCCGCAAAGACCGAUAUCACUUGAUGGUGACACCGCUGUUAAUUAUCGAGUGCCUAGACCCCCAAUCAAUCCCGACGCCGAGUUCAUUGAUCCCGGGACUAGUGGACAAUCGAGGGAGGAAAAACUGAAUUGUUAUUUUGCGUAUAGAUUGCCUGGGGACGGCGGACAUUUUUAUUUUCUCACUCCGCACGCUAUUUCACAGGGGCAGGAGGACGACGCCUUUGACUACUCUAGACCCCGAGGCACUAGGCGAGCCAAGCAAAGACGAGGGCCUAGGAAUGUUUAGAAUUGCGUUUCGAUGUAUUUUACGAAAAUUUUGAGAAAAUCCAUUAGAAGAGAACACGACUCGUUUCGUCGUUCCUCUAUUGAGUAUUAUUACUGUUAAAAAAUUGAUAAAUUUUCGGGAAAUUAAUGUAAUUCGGUUUGAGGGGCUCAAGUCGAUUUUUGGUAUUGGCUAUUUUUUAUGGAAUAUCUCGGAAUCUAAGGGAGAUGACGAUUUUUUAGUAAUUAUCUUUUUCGCAGGCAUUAAUGAGCUCUUCAAAAAGUUUAAUAUGAGAAUUCCGGUAUCUUCUCUGGAUUCGGAGAGAUCGGGUACUGAAAUUUAACCAAGCGGCAAAACUUGGAAAUUUUAGUCACAAUUUUUUAACAGUAAGUCUUGGGGUAAAAAUAAUAUUCUAGGUGUUUUUAACUGUCACAUUCGGUGCAGAGCUUAGUCGACAGUGAAGACAUGCCAUACUACGGUUUUUUCAACGAAUUUCGUGUUAAUCUGUGUCAUACGCGACUGAUGUAUCAGCAAAUUGCUCCGGAUAAUUCGUCCCUCGAUUUGUAUUUAUUCGUGUAAAUAUGAGUUAAUUUAAUUUCCGAUUGAUCAAUAACUAGUGAAUAAAGAAAAGGUUUUGAGUUGAAGUUGAUUGACUCCUGUGUGUUUGUAUCGUCUGUGAUUAAUGAUUUUUUUUCCCCCUAGAUUUUAUAUAUAUAAUACGAGGCACACAUGUGACGCAACUAUAGGGGUGGAACUAUUUAUAUCCCACUAUGGUGUUAUUUUAUGAUAGCGAGUAAAAUAAGAUAAAUCGAAUUCGACAUUUCAUGAUUUAGUAUAUUUCCUCAAUAGGCCGUUUAAAGAUUUUUCUGGCGAUUGAGUUUAGAGUCCGAGGCGAACCUGAGGAAAUACAACUGUGCGAAAAGUUCUUUCCAGCCGAGUCACAAACGAUAUUUUUUGUCAUUCAGUUUGAGAAAUGGUUUUCGAGAUCAGUGAAAAUUGGACUGGACUGGAAGAUUCGACUUAUCUUGUUUCACCACUUCGUUAGUGAAUUGAAUCUAUUGUUUUUUUUUUCUCUGCAAUUCAGUGUAAGUAGAGUUAAGUUGAUGUAAGACCCAAUCUCCUGAAUAAAUAUGUAUUUACUCGAUAAUUGAA